GUUCUGUUUUUGUGUUUUCUUUAAAUGAAGGGAUGGAUGCAUGGACAGCAGAGAAAAUCAUUCUUCUCAGUUUUCUCUUGAAUGGUGUUGGGUGUAUAAACCCACAUAUCAACUUACCAGAGAAAAUUGACGCUUUGAGUGGAUCUUGUGUGCUUAUAAACUGCACGUUUGAUGCCAACAUCACAAGACUUAAUAACUUUAAUGCUCAAGUAGUUUGGAGUAUAAAUAAUACUCGCAGUAUAGUGCUUAAUUCCAGUAUGUUGAGCCCUAACCCAUUUUUUAAAGGACAAAUGCUUGGAAAUUUAUCGGAGAAGAACUGCACAACAAUCUUUUAUGACAUUCGUUCAAAUCUCAGUGGUACAUAUAACCUCACAAUCAUUAAUGGAAGUGGAAAAACGAGCAAUAUGUAUGCAAAUGUAACUAUAAAUGUAUUUGAGUCUCCUUCUCAACCCACAGUAAGGUUAUAUACACAAAAGAUGGAACUAAUGCAAAUCAUGGAGGUGCCGGAGGGGAGCUCUGUAAUUCUUCGUUGUUCGGCUAAGUCUCUCUGCUCCUCUUAUCCACCACUUCUCACAUGGAGCUCCUACCCCAUACUUCCCUUCAAUGGGAGCAGCAUACCGCAGGAGAAUCAAACUGAGCUCAUCUCUGAUCUGAACUUUACUGUUACUCCCCUUCUUCACAGAACCAAUUUUACCUGCACCAUCACCUACCAGCUACAGGACAAGAAUAAAACAGCACAAAACUAUUUCACUUUAUAUGUUCAGUAUGCACCCAAAAUAUCUCCCUCAUCCGGUUGUAAGGGUACAGAUGUGAGAGUCUGUUUCUGUGAGGGUCAUGGGAACCCUUCUCCUAAACUGACAUGGUAUCUUUCUGAAAGUCCUGUCUCUAACUCCUCAUGCACAUCCAUCAGUGAAGAGCAACUGGGUAGCACAGGCUUCAAGAGUUUCUUUACCCUAUCUUGCAUCCACACAGCCAACCCCACUGUGCUGUGUGUAGCUACCAACAUUCAAGGCAGUGCCAGCCAACAGUUUUAUCUCGUUCCACCCUUUGAAGAAACUGCACAAAGUGAACAGAAAACACUCCAGGUCCUCUUAGCACUGAUGGUUUUUCUGUAUGCUCUGACUGUUGGAGUUGCCCUCUACAAAUUUAAACAGAUGUCCAACAAGCUCAAGGCUAAAAGAGAAGCAGAAUCACAUGUCCCCUUUGAACUCAACGCUUCAAACAAUAUCUAUGAGAAUGUGAAAAUUUAAAUACAAUUUACAUACAAUUUAAAACAUGUAAAAUGUAAUUUUCCUCUAGGCAUAAAUGUUUCAGUAACUUUGAAGUGGGAGGGGCUACCUGCAAUAGAAAGUUUUGUUAUUGUUCAUAGAUGUACUUCAGCAAAUCUAAAUCAUGAUGCUUUGAGAAACAAGUGUAAAGGGAUGCAAAAGCAUGAAUAUGGUGGAAAUGAUCGGAAGAAGCAUUUUCAGAGAGUCCAAACUGUUCUAUUUUUUUUUUUUGAGUAUUUUAUAUUUGACAAUGUUUAUUGAUGUAAUAGAUUUGAGGCUUAUUGCAAUC